ACAAGAGAGAUUUGAUCAUGACAUCUGUCAGUGACUCCACAACUCACAGAUCCAAGAAGAAACUACCUAACAUCCCUCCUCAGGAAUUAGCACUGCAUGGAAAUGGAGGAUCAUUGGAAGGUGUUGGGAAACCUCAUGAUUUGCCACCUGAAGUGCAGGCGCAAUUUAUCAGACAUGUGCACAAAAGAUCGCGUUCAUUGACAGGGCUGGAUACAAUUGAGUUUGAAAAAAAGUUGCUGGCUGAAGCUGAAAAGGAAAAUGUAGAACCAAAACCUUUACUUGAGCAAAGUUUAGCAACACCAAAACAGGAGCAGUUGAUUGGAAACCAAGAUGAGAGGACAACAUUUGCACAUUCUUUGCCAUCAACUCCAGGUAUGAUUGCAAAAUGAUGAGGUUAUUUUUUUUCCUGUUUCAUUGGGAUAAUAAGGAAUGCUAUUCUAUGUGUAAAGAAUGAGCUUUGAACUGACUAAUGUGAAGGUGACUUUGAGUUUUGUUACUCCCCUUGGAUGUGAUGCUAGUCCAUCAAAGUUUUACCUAGGUCUUUUAUCAGGCCUCCCUGGCAGUUAUCUGUGGCUUGUUUAUACUCCUGGAUGGAGAGAGGCACUCAGUUAGUAAAGAGACUUGCCCAAGAAUGGAACACCUGACCUUGUCAGUUCUUAAACAUGUGUCUUUCAAUGCUGAAUUCAGCACAUUAACUGUCAGGCCACUGCCUCCUACAAACAGCUAGAUAAAAACUGCUAAAAGUGACCAGGGCGCCUCACAAGAAUGUCCACAUCCGUAGUGUGAAAAACUCAUCUAAGGGAUUUAAAACAAUCAAUAAACUAUUUCAUGUUGUUUAAAUACUGACUAUUUCUUUGGAUGCAUAAGUUGUGAUUUACAUUUUCCUUUGGUGUAAGAUUUUUAACCAGUUUAAGUUGUGUAAGUUUUUGUUUGUCUUAGAGUACAUUUAUAGUGUUGAGACCAGAAAAAUUGAACCAGCUUGACAUAAAGACACUUUUGAUCACAAGGUUGACCUACCAGGAAAUGUUAGUUUUAGACAUUCAGAACUUGUUCAAUACACUUUUUUGACAUCUUUCUGCAUUUUAGUAAGUAUUCUUACUUGGUAGAUGACAAUUCAAACAAUAACGUGUAUACUUUUUGUUUUAUUAAAUAAUAUUGCUUGUUUUGCAGGGUAG